GUCCAGGAGAAACAGCGCGCUCCUGGUUGCGCGCGGCUCCUUUAAGACGCACGGAGGAGAAUCUCAGUGUAAUAAAGAGAAGAGAAAAAGGCUCAGCUGCGCUUCCCCCUCCAUCUCCAUCCGGUUCGUGCGUCUUCGGACGCUUGGGGAGCGACAUGGAGAUCCUGUAGGCUGUUUUCUCGCGUUCUUGUCCUCCUUCUCCUUCUAUUCCUGCUCAUUAUCAUACGGAAAGCUGAACGGAUACCGACUAGGUGUGAUCAUGCUUUAUUAAGGACGCACGGUGUGGAGGUUACCGGCUGUAGCGGUCAUGCAGUGAGUCGGAUCCGAUGUGAGUGUGCUGCCAGGCCGUUGGCAUGGCCCAGGGAUGAAUGGUGAAGGAUCGCCCGGCAGCCCGGAGCUCUCCUCGUGCCCGCUGCCUGACUGGAAGGAGUUCUGUGAGUUGCAUGCCCGUGCCUCUGCUGCAGACUUUGCCCACAAGUUCCGUCAAUUUGUCACAGAGAACCCAUGCUACGACGCACCGGGAGCUGACGCCAGCUUCUCGCGUCACUUUGCUCGACACUUCCUGGACUGCUUCUCUGCUGCCCUAAAUCAGGCACAUCAACCCGGGUCACCUGGUGCUUCCUUGGCACCCAAGUACGCAAUUGCACCUUUCGCAGGGAUUCAGGGCUGCCCGCUACCCUCCUACAACCACGAGCUAUACCAGCGCCGGAAAGAGACAGGUGCCUCUAGUGAAUCUCUGGAUAGCAUGGACAGCGGAGGGGGUGGAGCCUCUGCAAGCUCUACCCUCCACGGGCACAGGGUGGCAGCACUGGGUCAGUCACGAAGUUCAGAGGAUGUUUCCAUGGGUCACUCUAAGGCCCGAUUCAAGAAAGGUUUCUCGUUGAGGAACAUGAGUCUGUGUGUGGUAGAUGGCGUGAGGGAGAUCUGGCAACGGCGUGCACCUCCUGAGCUAGAUACGGUGGGCACUUGUGUCAGGAAGUCAAACGGAGCUGAGGCAGGUGGACAUGACCGCUGGAGCCAGAAGCUGAGGUGGGCACGAGGCUUACAGGGUCACCGUGUUGAACUCCUGGAGAUCCAGAGGGAGGGAACACUGCGCUACAUGGUGGCAGAUGAUACCAACUGUAUGGGCACUGCACAGUGGCAGAAGUGCAGGUUGCUGCUCAGAAAGACAAGAACCAGCUUAGAAGGUGGCGAGAAGUUCCUGCUUGAGUUUUAUGUACCACCAAAGUCCUCCAAGCCGAAAGUGAGCGUGCCUUUGUCUGCCAUCGUGGAGGUGAGGACCACAAUGCCUCUGGAGAUGCCUGACAAAGACAACACAUUUGUACUCAAGGUGGAAAAUAGCGGCGAGUAUAUCUUGGAGACCAUCGACUCUCUUCAGAAGAACUCGUGGGUUGCUGACAUCCAGGACUGCAUAGAUCCUGGGGACAGCGGUGAUGACAUCGAGCUUGCGUCAUGUCCGCACGGACAAACGUCCAAAGAAUUCUCCAUGGUGGCCUCCUGCAGCUGUGAGCUCCUGUCUGAAGGUGUACACAGGGGUCCUGAGAGGUCGUGCGCCGCAGCUGUCGAUCAUUACAGCACCCCUACUGUCCGCUGCAGGGAACUGCCGUUCACACAACACCCCUCUCACGUGCCCUUAGAGCGCUUUCUGCAGCUGCCAGAGGCACAGAGUACAAGCCCAUCAUCAGGUCCUGCUGAUGCUCCUGCUGAGAUGGAGGUGGCUGCCACUCUUAUCGGUUACCCAUGGUUCCACGGGACUCUAUCACGCGUGCGAGCAGCGCAGUUGGUGCUGGCAGGUGGAGCUCGGAGCCACGGACUGUUCGUGAUCCGGCAGAGCGAGACACGGCCGGGAGAAUAUGUGCUCACAUUUAACUUUCAGGGAAAAGCUAAGCAUCUGCGGUUGUCAGUGAAUGAAAAUGGCCAAUGCCACGUGCAUCACCUCUGGUUCCAGACGGUGUGUGACAUGCUGAAGCAUUUUCACACUCACCCAAUCCCACUGGAGUCCGGCGGCUCUGCUGACAUCACACUGCGCUCAUACGUUCAGGUGCAGCGCAGUCCCUCGGAUGUUCCCAACGUCUCCACGCCUUCACGGGAACCCAGCUGCCGGAGCGAUGCUGCUCAGCCAAACCUUCAUCUUCCUGGAGUCUCACAGCUUCCAGCAACCCCAGUGCAUGAGGCACAGCUCUCCUCCAGCUCCUCUUCCUCACCCACAGCCCAUGGAGGUCUCCGGAGCAGAAGCAACAGCUCUGAAAGGCUGCUGGAACUCCCUGCUGGCACCGCGGAAGAGUACAAUGACAACGACAGCACUCGGAGGACCAGAGCCGUUGAGAAUCAGUACUCUUUUUACUGAAAUCUAGCAAGAUCAACAGCAUGCAGACAGGAAAUAGAUACGAGAUUGACCGCUGCUCAUUAAGAAACAACUUAUACGUUUUUGUUCCUUGUUGCCAGCCUUUAUUGAAUACAAUAUUUCCUACGUGAGAGAUUUUCAAACACGUCAUUAAAAGCUGAGUUGACUUGGUUAGAGUCCCAGCUACUCUGAGACGCAGACACUUUCUUCUAGGACGUACUGCGUUUUCUACGCCCUCUUGUCGCUUCAGGUAUCAUGGCUGUUCCUUGCAGAGAAGGAGUAUGAUAUACUUCUUCUCAAAGAACAGACAUACUGCACAUUUAGUUGAUCUUUACAGCCAAAUACCCUUUAGUUAUUGGUUAAACAUGUAACAUAUAUGAAGAUCAGAGGUCCUGAAGUCCUUUCAAAGACUUACUACACCUGAUAGUCUCCAACAUAGCCUCUGAAUUUGAGAAUUAUACGAACCUUACAAGCAUAUAUUCACAUAACAGUAAAUACUUCUUAAGAAGUAAAUCACACAUUUAAUUCUUCUUUUUCACUUAAAAAGAAGCCAUAACCAAAUGGAGCAGGAAGUUUUUUGGAGUACCUUGUAUGGCCUUGUAUAGAAAUAUCAUACAUUCUGAACAAAAAUAAAAUCAGCUUUUUUUUUUCUUUUUUAAUGGGAAACACGAGAAAGCCAAAAAACAGAUCAUCCUUAAAGGCAUGCUGAUGGCAUGUACAGAUACUUACAUAAAUAUUCAGCCCAUUUUGAGCUUUUCAGAAUUGUGUGAUAACCUGGAGUGGAAAUGGAUUUAACCGGCAUUGUUGUGAAUCCACAAAAAACAACCCAUAAUAUUAAAACGGUCUAAAAUCAGUAAAAUAUUGUAUAGAUUCAUGAUAUCAUCUCAUUUACAGCUUGGAACAAUACUAAAAGUAGAAAAGAACAAGGGGUGCAAAAACUUAUGCAAGGCACUGUAUCUUUUAAUGGUCCUAAAAUCAGAUUAUUAGUUGAUAGAUGACGAUGACAGAUGAUAGAUUUUUUCAAACAUGAAGCCCAUAAAGUGAAAAUGUUAUUGUUCGGAAUCUUCCACCUGGAGCUCUGAAAAACAACCUUUAAUGACUUACAACGUCUUUUGUCUAACAUCCUGCAGUACAAUACAAUAUUUUCUGUCCCGUCCCAAUAAGUGAAAGUGAUGACUUGACUACCCAGACGCCCUGAAGUUCCAUUCCUGAACGAACUUUAUUUUUUCUUCCAUAUUCUUACUUUAUUUUAUUUUUUUUGAAAUUUUUUUGUUGUUGUCAUGGCGAGUGUGCCGAUCCUGCUCUGUGGGGUUUGAUAUCUUUACGUCCCUUUUCUAUAGAGGAAGCUGUCGUGUUGAGACAUCUGUCCGUGGUUAGCCUCCAGCAAGCCGUUUCCUGCAGAAAAAGGGCUUUUAAGAAGUUAAAAGCUGCUCAGUGAAAUCGACUUCCCCAGAGUGCUCUGCAUGUGUUUGUGAAGCUGUUGAUAGAAUGUUCCGGACAUCCUGUCCUUUUGGCUUUGCGGAGAUAACUUCCCACAACUUUGACGUGGGGUGAAGUGGGUCAGACUUCAGAAUUAAAGGGUUAGCAAGAAAUAAAGAGGUUUCUGUUUUGUAAAACAUAACAUCGAUAUAUAUAUAUCAAGUACAAACACUAUCAUUUACAUAUAGCAGACACUCUUAUCCAGAGUGACUUACAUUUUUUAUUUCAGUUUAUACACCUGAGCAAUUAAGGGGUAAGGCCCUUGCUCAGACGCCCUGCAGUAGCAACUUGGUGGACCUGGGAUUCGAACCAGUGACCUUCCAAUCAGUAGUCGAACACCUUAACCACUGAGCUACCACAUCCCUAUCACAACAAUACUUAGUGAGUGACGCCAAAUGCUGGCACACUUUUACCCGCAAGUGUAAUAGAUCUUCGAGAUUGUUUUCAACCCAUGAGUUACCUUUGUCACGCUUGUCGUGAAAACCUUAUUUCACGCUGUACAUAAAAUAAAAGGCUUACUAAUAACCUACUAAUCCACAGAUCUCUGUAUUGAAGGAUUAGGACAGCAUAUCGGCAAUAGAGGAAUAACAGAAGUCAUUAGUUCAUUAACGAGUUGUAGUUUUUGGAGUAUCGAUUGACUUUGACGUCCGGAUAUCACAGUAUUCAUAUCGUGAAUAUCUGCCUAAUCAAUAUUGUAUUAAAAUAAUGUAAAAUAAAAACAAAAAA